AACUGUAGUUUCCUACUACUCCCAAGCCUAUUUCUGUCAAUCAAUUCUCUCUUACAUUGUUUGUUUAAUCAUGGCCAAUUUUUUGCUGCACCAUUUUCUUCUGCAUCAACAAGUGAGCAAAUACCAUUGUCAGCAGUGAGGAAAAAAAAAACACUGAAACAAAAACAGCACCACUUCAACUACUCAAAACUUCAUAAAAAGCCUCUCUUUUUUCACACAGAAACACAAACACAGAGUGUGACAUAACAUCAGUACAUCAGAGAUUCUAUAUCCCACCCAAGAACUCACUGAAAAGUUCUGAUCUUUACAUCUAUAUACACUCAAUAAUCAUUCUUUCUUAGAUUCUUUUUUGGGGGUUUUCUGAAAAUGGAGAAAAUUGUGUUUGUUGUUAACUGUGAGCUUAAAGCUUGUGGUAUUAUGUAGUCUCCUGUAAAGUGUCUUCUCAGUUUUACUAUCUAGAGAGAAAAGUUUUAGCUUUACUCAUUUUCCUCUCUUUUCACUUUCUUUCCUCUCCUUAAUACCACUAUAAUGGGUUGCAGACGUAUGAUAGUAGUGAAUUUGGAUCCACAAAGGAAGAGAAGUGGUGGGUUGAGAACUAAACAGGCAGGGCGUGGGUCUUGCCGGGGAAGUUAGAUCAUUUACUUCAGAAAUAGUAAAAAAGAACUGUUUUUUCCCCUCUAUUGAGACAUCCAUAUAUGUAAUAUUGCUUUGGUGUCUUCUGGGGAUACAUAAAAAUAACACCAAAACUUGCUAUGGGGUACUUGUUGAAAGAGGUUUUGAAAACUCUCUGUGGAGUAAACCAGUGGUCUUAUGCUGUUUUCUGGAAGAUUGGUUGCCAAAACACCAAGAUUUUAAUUUGGGAAGAAUCUUAUUAUGAAACUUCAGCAUUCUCUAAUAUUCAUGGAACUUCUGGAGUUGAGAAUCCAGAGCUAGCUUUCCGAGAUUGGAGUGCUUGUUGGGUUUCUGGUUGGGUUCAAAAUUCUCAGCUUCUGAAUCAAGCAGGCGAGAAAUUGCAUUUGCUUGUAAACAAAAUGAUGAUGGACAAUCAGUUCAAUCUAGUAGGAAAAGGAUUAAUUGGCCGGGCUGCAGUCACUGGAAACCAUCAAUGGAUUCUUUCGGAGGGUUCAAGUAGAGAUGCUCAUCCACCAGAGGUUUUGAAAGAACUUUGCCAACAAUUUUCAGCUGGCAUACAGACAAUUUCAGUUAUUCCUGUUCUUCCUCAUGGCGUUGUUCAAUUUGGUUCAUACUUGAACAUAUUGGAGAAUAUGGGAUUUGUGGAGGAUGUGAAAAUGCUAAUAAGUCAACUAGGAUGUGUCCCUGGUGUUUUAUUAUCUGAUGAGAAUGCAACAAAAGAACCUGCGCUGGAAACUUCCGGACCAGUUUACCUUGGGAGUUCGGUCUCAACGGAAUAUUGUGGGAGAGCCAAAGUAAUGAACUCCGCUUCAAUAAUCGACAAGGGUAACUCAAUUCAGACUGAGGGUUUUGUUGGUCAAACUUCUUUUUCUUUGGUUGAUGCAACGUUUCAAGACUCCAAUGCCACUUUAAGUUUUGCUGACUGCCAUGAUAACCACUUCCACAAGAAAAUUUCGCCAGAAGUGAAACCAUGCAUGUAUCCGAACAGCCAGAUGACAAAUAAUGUGAUCAAAACUGAGGUAAUUCCUCCAAACCCCGACAUGUGGACAAAGCAACAGGCCUCACAGUACAUUCCAAAACCACCAUUCUGUCAGGAAUCUUCUGUUGGCUCACUAACUCUAGAUAGUGACUGUAUAAUGUUAACUGAACAACAGAUAUCUGGUGAAAAUAGUCUUGCGAAAAGCAAUUUAACUCUGCCAAAUGGCUUUGGAGCAUCUCCGGCAAAAUCCGAUCAUGUUGUGAUGUCCAAGUUUUCUGAAAAUUCUGUUCUAUCCACUGGAGUAACUGAAUUAUGCAAAGAAGUGGAUAAGUAUCAGAAAUCAAUUCCACAUACCAAUUUUUUCGCAGAUGCUAGCCGACCACCACACAAAAUCAUCUCUUGCACAGAGCAUAUUGGAAAUGGGUUUCAAAUAGGUUCUUCUGAAUUGAAGGCAUCUUCUAAAUAUGGUGUGAACCAUGUGAUCAAUAAUCAUUCUUCUGAUGGGCAAGGUUCAUCAUAUUUGUUGGAUGGGAACAAGAGAAUGGUAGAAAAUGAUUUGUUUCAAGCACUCGGCGUUAUGUUAACACAGAAUGAGAAGCCAAGUUCAAGUGAGUGCAUUCAGGAUAUUUAUAGUGACAAAAAUGAACACGGAGCGAGGAAUCCCUUAUUUGACAGUGCAUACGGAGAUGUGCGUGUCCAAUGUCAGUCAGGGGAUGACUUGUUUGAUGUUUUGGGCGCUGAUUUUAAGAACAGUCUUCUAAAUGGCAGCUGGAACAAUGAGCAAUGCAAUGAACCAAACUCAAACACAAAGGAUUGGAUUAAGAAUAGCUCGACCUCUACAGUAAAUCAGGAUGCUUCUUCUACCAUCAACCAAGGAAACUCAGAUAGUUGUAUCUUCUCCAUGACUGGCUUUGACCGUAUUUUAGAUACUAUGGUAUCGAAUCGUCCUGCUAAGCAGAGACUGGAUGAAAAUGUUUCUUGCCGUACCACGAUAACAAAUUUGAGCAGCUCCUCUGCCCCUAAUGCUUCAUGUUCCUAUGACCAAGUUGGGAUCUCCAGUCAAAUUCAGGGAGAGCAAUUUGGGUCUCCCAAGACACUUUCAAAAUCAAGAGCAAUGAGUUCUUGUUCAUUCAGAUCUGAAUGCUCCACAGAAAACACAGGAAUGUAUUCUCAAAGUAGUUCAAUUUAUGGAUCAACAAUCAGUUCAUGGGUGGAAAGUCGUUAUGACACAAAGCCGUCAAGCAGUGUUUCAACGGGCUAUUCUAAAAAGCCAGAUGAAAUGGGCAAAACAAGUCGCAAAAGGCUUAAACCAGGAGAGAAUCCUAGGCCAAGGCCAAAGGAUCGGCAAAUGAUCCAAGAUCGCGUGAAGGAACUUCGAGAAAUCGUGCCUAAUGGGGCAAAGUGUAGCAUUGAUGCACUGUUCGAGCGCACGAUCAAACACAUGCUUUUCUUGCAAAGUGUCACAAAACAUGCAGACAAACUAAAGCAGACUGGAGAGUCAAAGAUUAUCAGUAAGGAAGGAGGAUUGCUAAAGGAUAAUCUCGAAGGCGGAGCAACAUGGGCAUAUGAAGUAGGCUCACAGUCUAUGGUCUGCCCUAUUAUAGUUGAGGAUUUGAAUCAACCUCGUCAAAUGCUUGUGGAGAUGCUUUGCGAGGAACGGGGCUUAUUUUUGGAAAUAGCUGACAUUAUAAGAGGAUUGGGCUUGACUAUCCUGAAGGGGGUGAUGGAAACAAGGAACGACAAAAUAUGGGCACAAUUUGCAGUAGAGGCAAAUAGAGAUGUCACAAGGAUGGAGAUAUUCAUCUCACUCGUUCACCUCUUGGAGCAAACAGCAAAAGGUGGAGCAGAACCUGCCAAUGCUACUGAUAACAACACAGAAAUGGUGCAAUCAUUCCACCAAACAGCGACAAUACCUGCAACUGGCAGAGCUUGUAGUUUGCUGUGAUCAGCACGUUACUACUGCUUCACCCGGUAAUGUUAAGAGCAAGCGACAAAUGCAUGCUUGCCAUGACUAACAUUUACACCAAAAUGAUACUUCUGGUGGUUCUAUUGCUACUUGUUAAUUUUUUUCUCCCAUGAGCCAAGGUGUAUCAGAAGUUCAGAAUCACCUGAAGAACAUAACUCUACUUUAGACCCUCAUUCAAGGUGGAUAGAAUAUUUCAAUCCAUCCAUCCCUGGUUGUAAACUUGUAAAAUAUGUAGCAAUCAGAUGCUAUAGGAAUACCUCCUGUAGGAUGGCUAUGAUUGUCCAAGCUAGUUGUUACUUUGAUUCUUUCCUUAAAUGUGCUUGUUUUAUGAGGUAAGUCAUAAAAAGGUGGUUUGCUGGUUUAUUGUAUAGGAAAGUUUGAGAUGAUAUAAGGGGUGCUGGGAAAUUUUAUUAGCUGAUGUGUUCCUUUAUUGCAA